UUUGAGCAUGAGUGGAGAAGAAAAUGUCACAGUUAAAGAUGGUCCUCCCCAGAUAGAUCCCUUGGACCGAUCAGGGGGUGUUGAAGAUGAAGAAGAAACAACUUCAGCAUUAGGUCCUAAACCUUCGGACAAAGCAAUCCCUAGAAUCCCAUCAAUACGUCCAUCAACUCCUGACAGGGGAACACCAUCAGAGGAUUUGGAAGAGCACCUAGGCCCUGAUGAUAGUGCCUCACAAACUGGCCUGGACAGGGCCCAGUUACUGGAGAAAUACCAGGUUGCCCUGAACGAGCGGGACAAGAUAUUGAAUCAAAACAGUCAGUGUCAGCACAAAAUCGCUGAACAUUUCCGUAAGAAGAAGGGAGCAGAUGAGAGACAGGAGGUGGAGAAAAGUGUAACAGAUCAAGAGCAGAGGUACAUGAAGUGUCUACAAGCUCUAGACGAACUAGAAUUGGAGAACGAGUUAACUCAGAAAGAAGCAGACUCGAGAAGUAACGAAGAGAAGGAGAAAAUGGAGGAGAAGAAGAAUUUAGUGGACGAGAUGACUGCUCAGUAUUUCGAGUUUAAGAAAGGAGUCGCCAAACAAGCUGUUAACAGCAGGUCAGGAAAACCUCUUGCACUGAAAGACAUAGAACAGUACAUUGCAAAUGAGAAGAAGAAAGAGGAAGAGGUGAUAGCUGUUAGAUUGGAGAAUAUCAAGCUCAUUAACAAGCUGAAGAAGAGGGAGACACAGUUGAAGCAGAAAGAGGAGCUAGCAGACGGUCUCCACCUGAUAGACUUUGAACAGCUGAAGAUAGAGAACCAGACUUACAAUGAGAAGAUUGAGGAGCGAAACGAGGAGUUGCUCAAGUUGAGAAAGAAGAUCACUACGACUGUACAGGUGUUGACCCACGUUAAAGAAAAGUUACAGUUUGUACAGGGCGAGAACGCUGGCCAAAGAGAGAACCUCAAACUUGUAGAGUAUGAUGUGGCAAAAAAGAGAGAUAUCCUGUCCCGGACGAAACAAGCACGUGACUCACUCCGUAUAGAUAACGUGAAGUUGAGAAAGAAGUGCGGUUUAAUUGGACAGGAAGCUCUGUUACGGGAUCUAGAGGUGAGAAAGGACGACACAGAGAGUCUAAACACGUCAAUAGAAAACCUGCAGACAAAACACAUGGAACUGUUAAUGCAGGUAGACGGAGUACGACAGAAAGUGGACGCUGCUAAAGUAAACGCUAUCUAGCUUCCCUCACAGAGUGAUAAUAAGAUCACGUGGGUGAUAACAAGAUCACGUGGAUGAUAAUAAGAUCACCUAGUAACUGUCGCAUAGUAACCGUCACCUAGUAACAAGAUCAUGUGAUGUGUACCAGUGUUCUAACAGUCUGGAAACUGGGUCUUCUUCUUCUUCCUCUGAGAUGGUUUUUGUGAUAACUGGAGAUUUGAGAUGUACUGGAAUACUUGUGGAUAAUUGAAGAUAUUAUGUAAUUUCCUGUUAUUUACUGGUUUUUGUUCUUUAUUCAGAUUAUGUUAUAGUUAGCAUGAUAUAAUGCGACGGGCCUGACAAAACUAACAUGUUCAGUUAUUACUUUCGUUCAAAUACAGAAACUGCCUUUUGUUUUUUAGAACGUAAUCGAUACAAAACAAAGCUUACAAGAGCCACUGAAUCGUUAAAACAGAGUCGUUUCACAGCUUUCUAUUUCUGGAAAAUAACGCACUGAGUGCUUUUCAAUAUUCACGCAGUUAUAAUAGCAUAUUUUCCCCAAAUCUACCGAGUAGCUUGCAGUUAUUCAUUGAGAAUCAAGUUUUAGAAUUGAGCUCUGAGGUUAGCGUGCGAUAUAAAUGUUAAAAGAUGCUUGAUGUGCAUGAAGAUUUUAUUUAAUAACUUUUUUAAA